UUUUUUUUCUGUAAUCUCUUAAUAUAUUUAAAACAUUCAAUAAUUAUGUAAAAAAUUUAAAUAAUUAUAUCUAAAAAUUGAUAUUCGAAUUUAAUAUGACUACAUUUGAAGAUAAAAAUGUUUCUGUUGAGGAACUACAACUCCAAGCAGAUCAACUUAAAAGUAGAUUGGAAGAAGAGAAACAAAAAUUAAAUGACACUUCAUUGGUCGAGGCAACAAGUAAACUGGAAUGUUUACCUCCUUUGACAAUUAAAACAAGAAGAAUACUCAAAGGUCAUCAAAGUAAGAUUUUAUGUAUUGAUUGGUCACUGGAUAAACAUCAUCUGGUAUCAUCAUCUCAAGAUGGGAAGAUAAUUGUUUGGGAUGCAUUUACUACAAAUAAAGAGCAUGCAUUUUCUAUGCCAACAACAUGGGUUAUGGCAUGUGCAUUUGCACCUUCUGGGAAUAUGAUAGCUUGUGGUGGUUUAGAUAACAAAUGUACAGUAUUUAACUGGGGUACAAAUCCAUCACUAUCUGGGUCUGGAACAAAUAUGGCAACAAAGGAUAAUAAUGAAGAGGAUUCUGGUGUAAAAAAGAAAGCUGUAGCCACCCAUACAAGCUAUAUGUCAACUUGCACAUUUUCUGGAUUAGAUCAACAGAUUUUGACGGGCAGUGGUGACAGUAUUUGUGCUUUAUGGGAUGUGGAAAGUGGUUCUAUGAUUCAAUCAUUUCAUGGCCACACGGCAGAUGUUAUGUCCUUACACAUUUCCCCAACUGAAACGGGCAAUAUAUUUGUCUCAGGGGGUUGUGAUCGAGCCGCCAUAAUAUGGGACAUGAGGACGGGUAAAUCCAUCCAAACCUUCCAAGGACAACAUCAGUCGGACAUCAAUAGCGUGCGAUUUUAUCCCAGUGGGGACGCCUUCGCCACUGGUAGUGAUGAUAGCACAUGUAGAUUAUUCGACCUCCGUGCUGACAGGGAAAUUUGCGUCUAUACCAAGCCUAGUAUUAUAUUCGGCGUUAGUUCCAUCGAUUUUUCUAUUAGCGGUCGUCUUUUAUUUGCUGGUUACAAUGAUUACACCGUCAAUAUUUGGGAUUCGCUUAAAGGCACCCGUAUAAAUCAAGUGUACGGUCACGAAAACCGUAUCAGCUGCUUGCAGACCUCGGCCGAUGGAACCGCCUUCGCAACUUCUAGCUGGGAUUCUACCAUCAGGGUAUGGGCUUAACUUUCUCAGCGUAUCUCACAACCCCUGAACAUAGCAAACAAAAAUGCAGUUGCUUAUUUAUAAUCGAAAAAAAAUUAUCCAUUUUUAGACGCAUUCCUUAUAUAUUUUGAUACAUAAUAAUUAUCCAAAUCAAUUCUCAUAUUUAAGUGCAAUAUUUAUCUUUUAUACAUAAAUGAUAUAUUUAUUGAAAUGAUCGUAGAAUUUUUUAAAAUCUAUUUUCAGUUCUAAUUUCUGUUAAUAUAUUUUCAAAAACAAGAUAUUUGAAUUCAAUUUUCG